ACAAGCAAACCCAUUAAAAUCAACAAUUAUUCAACACUCAGGUGACUUUCUAUAGAAGCCAGUUUUCUCCAAAAUCUCCAAACCCUCAUCGAUUUUCUCUCACAAGAAAAGGGUUUCUUUUUUGUUUUACUAAUCCAGCAUUAGGGAUUAUUUUUGGGAGAAUCCACUCGAGUUCACUCGCAUUUGUCGAUGGAUUUCCAGAGCAAGAAACUCAUUAACGACCCAAACGAUGUUGUGACUGAGUUCAUUGAGGGUCUGGUGGAAACUUAUCCUGGGUUGCAGUAUUUGGAUGGUUUUCCUGAUGUCAAAGUUGUGUUACGCGCUGAUGUUCCUGGCGGAACAUACGACAAAGUAGCCGUUAUCUCAGGAGGCGGAAGUGGUCAUGAGCCUGCUCAUGCUGGAUUUGUUGGAGAAGGAAUGCUGACAGCAGCAAUCUGUGGGGAUGUUUUUGCCUCUCCUCCUGUUGACUCCAUUCUUGCAGGCAUCCGAGCUGUGACUGGUCCUCCGGGAUGCCUCCUCAUUGUCAAGAAUUACACUGGUGAUCGCUUGAACUUUGGUUUGGCAGCUGAACAGGCAAAAUCUGAAGGUUAUAAAGUGGAGAUGGUAAUUGUUGGUGAUGACUGUGCUCUACCACCUCCAAGAGGCAUUGCUGGAAGAAGAGGUUUAGCUGGAACCAUUCUUGUUCAUAAGGUUGCUGGGGCAGCUGCGGCUUCUGGUCUCGCUUUAGCAGAAGUUGCUGCUGAAGCAAAACGGGCAUCAGAAAUGGUUGGUACAAUGGGUGUAGCAUUAUCGGUUUGCACAUUGCCCGGUCAAGUGACGCCAGAUCGUUUGGGCCCUGGCAAGAUGGAGCUUGGUCUUGGAAUUCAUGGAGAACCAGGAGCUGCUGUGGCUGAUCUCCAACCUGUUGACAUUGUGGUCUCUCAUGUCUUGAAGCAAAUAUUGUCAACGGAGACCAAUUAUGUUCAUAUAACACGUGGCAGUAGAGUUGUUCUCAUGAUUAACGGAUUAGGGGCCACUCCUCUUAUGGAACUGAUGAUUGCGGCUGGAAAGGCUGUUCCUAGAUUGCAGCUGUAUGACCUCCCUAGAUAUGGCAGGAUUUUCAAUCACUGUUAUGAAGGCAGACCAAACAAUUCUGAACCUUCUGGAUGCCCCUACUAAGGCUCCAAAUUGGCCCGUUGAUGCUGAUGGUAAUCACCCACCAGCCAAGAUUCCCGUUCCUCUUCCACCAUCUCGUACAAAAAAGAAUGAAGAGACAUUGGGUCGGCCUCAACAGCUAAGUCCUGAAGGGCGCAUUCUCGAAAUAGCUAUUGAAGCAGCAGCAAAAACAGUUAUUGAUCUGAGGGACAAUUUAAAUGAAUUGGAUGGCAAAGUUGGUGAUGGUGACUGUGGAUCAACAAUGUCCAAAGGUGCAUCAGCCAUUCUUGAAGACAUGAGAAAGUGUUAUCCACUGAAUGACCCUGCAGAGACUGUUAAUGAAAUUGGAAUUUCUAUAAGAAAAGUCAUGGGAGGAACCAGUGGUAUCAUAUACGACAUAUUCUGUAAGGCAGCAUACGCACAGCUGAAGGCAAAUAGUCAGUCGGGUAUUACAGCACUAGAAUGGGCUGGUGCUCUUGAAGCUGCUAUUGAUGCAGUCAGUAAAUAUGGUGGUGCCAAAGCAGGUUAUCGGACAUUAUUGGAUGCUCUUAUUCCAGCGUCCUCUGUCCUUAAAGAGAAAUUGACUGCUGGAGAAGAUCCUGUUCAGGCUUUUGCCUUAUCUGCUGAAGCAGCAGUUGCCGGUGCCGAGUCAACUAAAAACAUGCAAGCACAGGCUGGCCGGUCAUCUUAUGUGUCAGCUGACAUUCUAGCAUCAGUACCCGACCCGGGGGCUGUGGCUGCAGCUUCUUGGUACAAAGCAGCAGCAUCAGCCAUGAAAAAUAAGUACCAGGCUUCAUGAGCAACGGUCGACGGUCUCAAUUGCAUCCUUCCGGCAUCCUUUUUUUUGUUUGCGAGGAGGAAAUUUUAUGAGCAAAUUUUUGUUCUAUACACUUUCUGAACUUACCAGCUUUCCGCUUAUGCAGUUUAUGCAUAAAGCCGAGAAAGCGUAAGAUUCAUCACCAGUAACAUUAUUAAUGGAUCAUGUGCUUUCUGAAGCUCUGAUGUCAAACUCUCCAUUACCCGUGCCUGCAUAUGUUUUUCUUUAAUAAAUUAUGGCUUCUUGUGCGCGUCAGAAAA